GUGAGGUGGAAAUUGGAGCGCGAGCCGCCGGGAACAUCCGGCGGUGCUAACGGCUUGGCGAACAUGAACAGCCGGCUGCAGGAGAUACGGGAGCGGCAAAAGCUGCGCCGGCAGCUCUUGGCUCAGCAGCUAGGAGCUGAAAGUGCAGAUAACAUUGGGGCAGUUUUGAACAGCAAAGAAGAACAGAGGGAGAUUGCUGAAACCAGGGAAACUUGCAGGAGCAGACUAUUCUGGGCAACAUAUGACACAUCUGCCUCAAUUACGAAGCGGAAGCUGCCAGAAGAAGGGGAAGCCAUUGAAGAAGAAUUUGAAGAAUACAAAGAUGAAGUUGUAGAAGAGGAGGAAACAGAAGUGCAAUACAAUGAGGAAAUUUACAAAGAUUCUAGCACAUUUUUAAAGGGUACACAAAGCUUGAACCCACACAAUGACUACUGUCAGCAUUUUGUAGAUACUGGUCAUCGCCCUCAAAACUUCAUUCGUGACGUAGGCCUUGCCGACAGAUUCGAAGAAUACCCUAAACUCCGUGAACUUAUCCGGCUCAAGGAUGACUUAAUUUCACAAACUAAUACUCCUCCCAUGUACUUACAGGCUGAUCUGGAGACAUUUGAUCUUAGAGAACUAAAGAGCAAAUUUGACGUUAUUUUGGUUGAACCACCUUUGGAAGAAUAUUACAGAGAAACUGGAGUAACAGCCGUUGAAAAAUGCUGGACAUGGGAUGAUAUCAUGAAACUGGAAAUUGAAGAAAUUGCAGCUCUAAGAUCUUUUGUCUUUUUAUGGUGUGGCUCUGGGGAUGGUCUCGACCUUGGAAGAGUGUGUUUGCGCAAGUGGGGUUUCAGACGUUGUGAAGAUAUAUGUUGGAUCAAAACGAAUAAAGAUAACCCUGGGAAAACCAAAACCCUAGACCCAAAAGCAGUCUUCCAGCGAACAAAGGAACACUGCCUAAUGGGUAUCAAAGGAACAGUGCGUAGAAGUACAGACGGCGAUUUUAUCCAUGCAAAUGUAGAUAUUGAUCUUAUUAUUACAGAAGAGCCAGAAAUUGGGAACCUUGAAAAGCCUGUGGAAAUAUUUCACAUCAUUGAGCAUUUCUGUUUGGGACGAAGGAGAUUACAUAUUUUUGGAAGGGACAGCACAAUAAGACCAGGAUGGUUAACUGUGGGUCCUAGUCUCACAAACAGUAACUUCAAUGCUGAAACUUACAGCUCGUACUUCACUGGAACCAAUGUGCAUCUAACUGGUUGUACAGAAGAGAUUGAAAGACUUCGUCCCAAAUCACCACCUCCAAAAACUAAACCGGAUCGUGGAGGCGGAGCCUCCAGGGGUGGAGGAAGAGGUGGCACAUCAGCAGGACGUGGAGAGAGAGGACGGGAAAGAAACAGAGGAAAUUUCAGAGGAGAUAGAGGUGGAUUCAGAGGUCGAGGAGGUGCUGCCCAUCGAGGGGGAUUUGCACGGUGAUGACAGAUUUCAUGAGACUAAUUUAGGAGUGGGAUUUCAGAAUCUCAACCUGAAUUGAUUCCUGCUCUACUUUUCUACUUUUUUAAUAUUUAAUAAAGCCUUUAAAUCUGGUGUAGUAUGUGUUGAGGUUGGGUACUGGUUUAAAUCUGUUGUGAAGUCUCAGUUUAACUUUUGAACAUUGGAUUUUUUUGUCACUUUUUAGUGACACGAUGGUAAUUCAGGAUCUUAACCAAGGGUGCUGAAUAGAAGGCAGUUCCUGCAAAACUGACUCGGAGGUGUUGAUUCUAUGAUAACCAUAAGAUACUGCCAAUUUCAGUGUAGCCAACAGCACCACCAUUUUGUCCCAAAUCUACCAUUUCUACUUGAUUUUAACCCUUAGAGCCUGCCAAACUGUAGAGUAAGAAAAGCAUUCAGUUUGUUCUGCUGUAUGUCUUAUGGCUGUGUCUAUUUUUACACUAAAUUUGUUAAAUUUAUUCUUCUAAAAUCUUUACCAAAUAAUUUCGUUUUUCAGAGCAUCUUUGCGAACACAUUUAAAGUUUUUUUGCAUCCAGACAUUGAAAGCAAAAGAAAGAUGUCAUUUUUUAAAUCAUUACCUUAAUCCUGUAAGAAUUUUUAAUUUGUUAAAUUCUUCUCCCCUCCUCCGCCCUGCUAAGACUUGAUUAUAUGUUUCAUUGAAGGUAAUCUAUGGACAUCAUUUGGCAGCAAACGGUAGAACAAGUGUAUAUCUAGCUGUGUCAACUUAAAGACAACUGAUUAUUUUUGAGAAGAUGAAUGCAAAUUAGUAUCAAGAAAACUCAAGGCCAUUUAAUUAAGUAAAAAGCUUUUAUGUAUAAAUUCAUGUAACUGCCCCUGGAAAUCACAUACAGUGAUUUUUUUUUCAUUUAUUGUUGUAGAAACUUUUUUAUACAGUUCUGUUUAUUUCUAUAUUUUUAUAACUAAAUGAGCAUGCUUUUUGUGGAAGAAGUAUCAAGUUAAAUGUGAUUGUUGUCAUGAUCUUUAUUUAACGACUUCAAGGAGUUAAGAAUGACCCUGUUCCUGGUCAUUGGCUUUGUUUCCAAAGGUCUUGCAGGUAUUGUUACUUUUAUAAUUCAAAUCAUAUUAUUUUGUACCUGAGUUUUGAUACAAGAAACAUGUUUAAAUUUCUUCACAAACAAGAGACAAUCUGCAGAUGCUGGAAAUCUAAGCAACACACACAGAAUGCUGGAGCAACUCAACAUUUUGUGUGUGUGUGUAGUUUAAAUUUCUUACUGGAGUCUAUCUAUAUCUAUAUUCAUUAGUUUUUAAGAAAAGUACUUUAUGAUGAAUUCUAACCCCAAUCUAAGCAGAUAAAAUUGUUUUAUUACACUGAUUUACUUGGUGUAGUUCAUCUUUUUAAAAUGUUCAAACACUUGACUGACAGACUUUGUUCUAUGAUGUUGUAAAUAGCAAACUAUUUCAUGCAUGCUCAAAAAUAAUUGUAUUUGCCCACUUUUUGGAAACAAAACUGAGGUAGAAUUUGUUAUCUAGAGUUCAUUACUUUGUUUUAAGAAUUGGAGUACAUUCUGAUGUGUCUACUCAAAUGUUACCAGUUGUUCACUUUGCCACCUUCCAAAUACUGAUUUUUUAUUUGUAAAUUUCCAAAGGUAAAAAGGAGAAUGUGCUGCCUAAUUUGAAAACUCAAUUAAGUACACCUUCCUUUUCAGGAAUAUGACUUGUGUACCUGCUUACCCAGCCUUUUGAGCUUGAUUCUCUUUCCAUUUCCAUCUGUAUUGUUACGAAUGCAGCAGCAAUAUAUAUGAAACUUAGAAAGUGGUUUAUAAACAAAUCCCAAGAUUUAUUAACCUCUGCUCAAAACUUAGAAAAGGAAACAAACGACCAACUGAACUGGAAGUUAACAGUUAGGCGGCAAUAUCUAACAAACAGUCAAACUUAGAAACUGUUCUUAACAUGUUCUCAUCCAAGCACAAACUUAAAGUGGUAAAUUCAGAAGUGCAUGUGAUUUAUACAGUCAUUAAGGAGAGACUUCCCCAAAACAACAAUCCCACAUCAUCCCACUGUCCCGCGUUAAAACUAUGAGUAUGUAACAGUAUCAAGGACAAAUGUUGAAUAGUAAAUUAUAAAAACGAAGGUUCCAUUAUUCUGAUGACAGAAUGACACCAAUCUGCCUCUCAGCUGGGUAUUCCCAUUCUGAGUCUCAUCAAAUCUGAAGCUGCAGAGUUCUACUAUUUGACUACAGACAGGGAGUGAGCCUUCCCUGCCUGUUUCAUCAGAUGUUAUCAUAUCAAACUUUCCUAUGGUGGUGGGAAGGAGUGGCGUCAUGAAUGGGGGAGAAAAGUUGUGCAUUUAAUAGUUUUUAUUUUAGAUGUAGUCACAGUUUGAAUGUGGGGAAAAACUGUUGUAAAAUCAGUUCAUUAAAGAGCCAGAUGGCCUGUAUUUGGUGUUCAUCCUAUCAGGAAGAUUCACCCUUUUUAAAAUGUUUCCUUGAUCUCUUUUGCGUACCUGAAAGCAGAUAGUUAAAUGAAAAACAACAAUUCGCAGAUGCUGAAAUUUGGAAAUAAGAAGAAAAUGCUUGAAAUGCUCAAAGUCAAGGCAACAUUUAUGGGCGAAAUAAACAGUAAACAAAUUGAGUGGAAAACCUUUAUCCCAAUCAUUCUCAAUAAAAGUAAUUUGAAACGUGAACGCUCUGUUCCUGUAGGUGCAGCCUGACCUGCUAUGUGUUUCCGGCAUUUUAUGUUUUUGUUCAAAUUCACCACUGAGUGCCAGCUGAGAUGUUAGCUAAGAUUAUUUGGACUGAGGCUCAAAUAUUUAACCUUGUACAAAAGUGGAAAUUUUACUUGCUGAGCCACAGUUGACCACUUAAUUGUGAACAAUAAACUGUAUAGAGGAUCUCCAUUGUCCACAGUACCAGAUCUUCCACAGAGAAAGGUAGUGCAAGAUAAUAUAAAAUAUAGCCGUGAUUACUACAGUAUAUUCCUUGGUCCUAGAAAAUUCUAGUUCAGACUUUUUCUAAUGUAGUAGUUGUUAUUGUGUCUUGACAGUUGUUCUACAAAAAGAAAUGUAUAUCCAUUUCGAACAUCCACUGUGAAAUUGCAAUCUUUCAUUCUUAUAAAGUAGGACCUCAACUAUCUAUAUUUUUUAUAUAUUCCAAUAAAAGCUUGUUUUAGUUUUA